CUCGUUUAAAACCCUCUCCCAUGGUUUGACAAACUCACUAGAACGUGACAUAGUCUUUCAGAGCGAGGAGAGAGAGGAACAAAAGAAACAAUGCUUGUAUUACCAGUUUUGUUCCUGCUGGGGUCGCUGUUUUUCUGUGGUCACGUGGAGGCCAGCCAGCCCAGCACCACCAUUGAGAUGCUGAAAAUGGCUGCACUCCAAUAUGAGGGACCGCUGACCUGUCACAAGGGGAUGGACUGCAAUUGUGCCUUCAACCACCAGCGCGGCUGCUGCUGUGCAGCCAAUGAUAUGUACAAAGUAGAAGAGGAAACCUUCAUAAGGAUUAAAUAUCUGUGGCAUGAUAUCAGCACACUGUCACACAAAGUACACAGCCUCACAGAGUGCCACAAGGUUUCCUUCACAGCCACCAUCGUCCCAGAUGAUCUUAUCCCACCCUCUCAGAAGUGCUUUGGUCCUUUCAAUACUAAUGUGUCAAUUCCCUACACCAACGUCACUCUUAACCAUGGGGGCGGAUAUAACCCCUCCUUGGGUACCUUCACUGCUCCUUGUGCCGGUUACUAUUCCUUUUCCUACACAGUCUACUCAUAUGUGGAACAGGAUGACCGCCUCUACCAUAAAGUUCAGAUGUUGAAGAAUGGGAAGCCCGUGGUUGGUGUGUGGGAGAACAACCGAGAAGAUGGUGAAGACAGUGCCACUCAGGUUGUGAUGGUGAUGAUGAAUGAGGGCGAUCAGGUCUACAUGGAGCUGAUCAGUGGGAGGAAGCUCUGUUCAGACCUGCAGUACAAUAUCUUUACAGGUUACAUGUUGUACCCUAAAACUGAGGAGUAUGAGCAUGAGUACGUUUAUGAGUACUAGCUGGAGAUCUGAGCUACUUAAAGGGUAACUGCACCAAUUUUACACAUUGAAGUGUGUUGUCAGGUCUCGGGGCAUAGUACUGCAUAUGUAAAAUAAAGCGGUAUAAAGCCUGAACAUUGGAAGCUGCUUUUGUAAUGGGUUAAACUGCCUCUAAUGAUGUCACUUUGUGGUAAGGUUGCAUUGUGGGUAGUGCAGGCGUCAGGUUUUGAAAGGGAAGAACUACGCAAGGAAUAAGAAAGGCAAUAUCUCAGGCUCAGUUUUGAUCGUCUGUUUUGAACUCUCCAUCACGAGCGCAACACAGUUGUAGGAGUGCGAUGCUAGACCAGUGGACCACUUUUCAAAACGUGGUGCCUACGUUACCCAUAAUUCAAGAAAGAGUGACAUCACUGGAGGCAAUUUAGCAGAGUACAUGCAGCUUCCUCUGGAGCCACAAAAGACUUUAUACUGCUUGGAGUUACCUUUUAAACUUUCUGAAUCCAUUUAUCCUCAUUCGACUGUGAUCCUGACUUUCGAAAACAAAGCAUACUUUAUUAUAUGUGGACCCACCAGAAGUAGGUUUGUGACCUAUCAUGGGACAGGUCCUGUAGUUUAAGAACCCCUGCAGUAGAGAUAAAUAACACCUUACAGGUCUUACAUACAUAGACUGGUGCAUGUGUAUGCAGUCAUUUGUGAUAAAUCAGAAAGGAGGCAUGAUUUUAUUUUUCGCAUAGUGUAAAAACAUGUUUGGAAAUAUUCGUAUCAUUAAAAAACAUAUGAGCACACCACCAUGAUUGUGUCUGUGUACAGAGUUGAUUCAUGUCACUAUUGGGGAUGUUACAUACACUACGUACAUUACCUGGAGAUUUACUGUAACCAUGGGCACAUUCACACUCCAGUCCUCGCCUUCAUUUGAUUGAGGGUUGGGUAGGGUGACCAGUUGGGAAUGGGUGAAAGCUGGGACAGGGGAUUUGGGCGUGGGUGUGGUCACUCUGGUAAGAGUGACCAGUAAAAGACACAAAGGUCAACGCCAAAAACAUUUUUUUAUCCAUGAAAUCUGCUGUCUGUCAGUGGAAACAAACCCCACAAUUAUUGUGCUGUAUGCAGAGUAGACGGAUUCAUUUCCCUCCAUAAUUGCUAUUGUAAUUCAACAACUUCAUGAUGUCACCUCUCACAGUAGACCCUCAUGUUUUAUUUAUUAUUUACUGUACACAGCCAAAAAACAAUAGUAUUUACUGAUUUAUUAGGGAAUAACUAAUCAAUAAUUAGGACAGGAUUCAGGAUUCUUGUAAUUUUGUUGCCUUUUGUUGUCUUUGGUAGGGUUUUUAGCUGCGGCGAUGUGGACUGCAGGGGGUUUUUGAAAAAAGUCACACCCAGCUAAGGAAAAAAAGUUAAAACACAAUUAAGCAGCACCAACAACCAAAAACAUGAUGGAAUGUAACGUAAUGUUCAAUGUGCACUCUCUCAUCUGGCUUUGUGUUCCAGCUUAAAACCAAACUGAUGACUUUCAUCAUUGUUUACUAUUAUUUCUUAAUCUGUCGAUUUUGUAGGAGCGUCACUUAUAGGACCACCGUGCCAACAGUAGAGCAACGUCUUAGCUUCUGCUUUGUUUUUUUAAUAGCAGUCAGAAAACUGCUUUCAGGUGCAUUAUAGCCAUCUUCUGGAUCAGCGGGGGUUAAACAUUACACCAUCAUGUCAUGCAAUGACACUCCGCCACACCCUCUGAGUGAGGCCUAACCAUAACCUUAACCUAACCUGAACCUUGCCCCGUCUCUAACCUUAACAACUGACCCACAUAAAGCUUUUCCCAAGUUGGGGACACAGUUUUUUUGUCCCCAAGUGGACAAGUCAUCCCAGAGUAAGUGGUCUGUAGUCUGAAAUUUGUCUCUUUUGUCUGAAAUGUGUCACUUCCUUGACUAUCUUAACAACAUCUUGCCUAACCUCACCUUAACCAUUUUUUCCAAACUGGGUACACACACACACACACACACACACACACACACACACACACACACACACACACACACACCAA